CCUGCAGCCACCGUUAAGAUGUCAAUUCAAUGCUCCGAAGCCACAAGUAUAACAGCGCUCAAAAUCUCAUAAAGUUGGAAGUAGAAAGCUUCCAUCUUUAGCAUGACGAAGAAAGGGAGAAAACCACAGCGCCAUCCCUUCUGUCUGGUCUUCUUACUUUCCUUGGUUUUGAGGGCAGAAGCUCAGGUAGGAGGAGAAGGAGUUCAUGGAAGAAUUCAAAUUGAUGUUGGAGUGAUUUUGGAUGUGGAAUCAUGGAUUGGAAACAUAAGCUUGAGCUGUAUGAGAAUGGCGGUGGAAGAUUUCUAUGCGGUGAACUCCGGCUACUCCACCAGGAUCUCUCUUCACCUCCGAGAUUCCGGCGGCGAUGCUUUUGGCGCCGCCUCCGCAGCCAUUGACCUACUGAACAAUGUUAAAGUGAAGGCCAUAAUCGGCCCACAACAAUCAUCACAAGCCAGUUUCGUAAUGAAUCUUGGAGACAGAGCUCGAGUUCCUAUACUUUCCUUCUCUGCAAAGAGCCCUUCUCUCUCAUCCAAACAAAGCUCCUAUUUCCUGCGCACUGCCUAUAACGACUCCACUCAAGCAAAGGCUAUAGCUUCCAUUGUUAAAUACUUCAAUUGGAGGGAGGUGGUUCUAAUUUACGUGGAUGAUGAGUAUGGCAAUGGAAUUAUGCCUUACCUUAUAAACCAAUUUCAGCACAUUGAUGUCAGAGUCCCCCGCAGAAGCAGCAUUCCUCCGUCAGCCACUGAAAGUCAAAUCCUGAAAGAGCUUAACAAGCUCAAGAAUAUGCAAACAAGAGUAUUUGUUGUACACAUGACUUGUGAACUUGGCUUGAAAUUCUUCAAAAUUGCCAAAGAGGAGGGAAUGUUGAACGAAGGAUAUGUGUGGAUUACAACAUAUGGUUUGACUGAUGUGGUGAAUCUGAUGGGUUCAUCAGCAGCUAAUGUCAUGCAAGGAGUUUUGGGUGUGAGGCCUCUGGUUAACAUGACCAGCAAGCUUCGUGAUUUCAAGCAGAGAUGGAGGAAGAUAUUCCAUGAAGAGAAUCCUGAAUCCAAUAUAAACGAACCCAUAGUAUUUGGUUUGUGGGCCUAUGACACGGUGUGGGCAUUGGCCCUGGCGGCAGAAAAGGUUAGAAUGGAAAAUUUCGAAUUUAGAGUGGGGGAUAUGAAGAAUAGCUCAAAUGAUAUAGCCAGUAUUGGCUCAUCUUCAGUUGGACCAAAGCUUCUUUCGGCAAUACAAAGCACUGAAUUUGAUGGCAUGGCAGGGAGGUUCCGUUUAAUUGAUGGCCAGUUGGAGUCUCAGGAUAUUGAGAUAGUUAACGUGGUGAAGAAUGGCAGCACAAGAAUAGGCUUUUGGGCUCCACCAAAUAACGUCUCGGGGCGGAGAAAUUCAAAAGAUAAGCUUGAUGUUGUCGUUUGGCCGGGGGGAAGGGAAGGAGUGCCGAAGGGGUGGGAGUGGCCCACGGCGGGGAAUAAGCUCAAAAUUGGUGUUCCGGUGAAGCCUGGUUUUCCUGAAGUUAUUCGUGUUGAAUUGGAUCCCGAUACUAACAAGCGCAUUCCCAAAGGGUACUGCAUAGAUGUUUUUGAUGCUGUCAUGAAGAACCUCACUUAUGCUCCAUAUGAUUAUGUACUUUAUGAAGAUGGCAAUGGACAAAUGAAUGGGACCUAUGAUGAUCUUGUUUACCAGGUUUAUCUUCAGAAUUACGAUGCUGUGGUGGGAGACGUGACAAUUAUAGCCAAUCGAUCCUUAUACGUUGAUUUUACUCUGCCAUACACCGAGUCAGGCGUGUCCAUGCUUGUUCCAAUCAACGACAACCGCAAGAAGGACGCAUGGGCCUUCCUGGAUCCAUUAACCACCGAUCUCUGGCUGGCAAGCGGAGCAUUCUUCAUCUUUACAGGAUUUGUUGUCUGGCUUAUAGAACACAGAAUCAAUCCCGAGUUCCGAGGAGAACCCACAGAACAGCUCGGCACUGUCUUAUACUUCUCCUUCUCCACUCUCGUCUUUGCUCACAGGGAGAGGGUGGUCAGCAACUUGUCAAGGCUUGUGGUGAUAGUGUGGCUUUUUGUGGUUCUUGUGCUUCAGUCCAGUUACACGGCGAGCUUAAGCUCAAUGCUCACGGUUCAGCAGCUUCAGCCAACUGUGACAGACAUGAAUGAUCUUAUAAAAAAUGGAAAUCGUGUUGGGUACUUGGUGGAUUCUUUCAUGCCGUCACUCUUAGAAAGGUUGAAUUUUGAGAAAGCCAACGUCGUUGCUUACAGCUCUCCGGAGGAGUAUAAUGAAGCCAUGUCUAAUGGAUCUGUUGCGGCCAUAGUGGAUGAGUUACCUUACCUCAAGAUCUUCCUCAAUAAGUACUGUGGAAAGUAUGCCAUGGUUGGAACUACUUAUAAGACUGAUGGGUUUGGUUUUGCCUUUCCCAAGCACUCGCCAUUAGUUUCCCAGGUUUCAGCUGAAAUCCUUAGAUUACUAGAUAGCACUGAGAUGGUAGAUAUCGAGAAUAUUUUAUAUGACAAUAGGAGCUGCCCAACCCAAGAUGAGAAUGACACGAAUUCCAGCAGCCUUUCAUUUCGUAGUUUCUGGGGCCUAUUUCUCAUCACCGGAGUCGCAUCCUUCGCAUGUCUGGUUUUCUCUUUGGCGAAUUUCAUUUAUAAACACACACAAUUCCUCCAGACUUCAGAUCUUGAGAGCUCCAUUCGGAAAAAAGUAGUCUUUUGGGCUAAACUUUUUGAUCAAAUGGAUUCCUCGGAUGAGAACAAGACCGCCGGAGCGAAGGAAGAAGAAGAGGUGGGUGAUGCCACGAUCCCUGUGGAUGUCGUGACCACUGCAGCUAUUAGUGGACCACCAACCCCUUCUAGCAUCUCCAAUUACGCGAUUGAAACUUCCGAAUCUGAGGAAGAAAUAGAAGCUUCAUCAGAUGAAGAAGAAGAAGAAGCGUCAGGCAGGGAAAUUAGCCGGCAAAAUCCGGAUCCUCCAUCGUUUGCUUAUAUGGUGACUGCAAGGGAUCCAAAUGAAUUCUGAAUGCUCUUUGUUUUGGAAAUGAUGAAAUGCUUCUGACAUAAGAGAAAGGUAUGAGCACUGGAGUUGGGGGCCACUUUUCUUUGCUUCAUGUUCAUGUGCAAUAUCUUUGGUUAUUAUAGUUCACGUCUUUAUUAAGCAGCACGCCGUUGGUUAAUGUGAAUAUUGGUCAUAUUGUAAUAUUACCUGUUGGAGAAGACGAAGGCUUAGAAGUUUGAAGUUGAAAUUUUUUUAGGUAUUUAGCAUGACAUGUAUUGUUUAAAUUUUCAUAACAAAAGAA